UAAGAGAAUAGAGAUACGUAUCCCCUUUGUGAUGCGUCACCGGGUAUAUGGGGCAGUGCUUCGAUACGCCGGUACAACCUGCACUGCACUAACCUUGGUUUGACAUCGCGGAGUGUGCGUGCCAGUGGAAAGGUAAGAUGGCGGCGGACGGAGAUGUGAUUCCUGAUCAAGAAAAAGUACGAAUAGUUUCGGACUUUAUACUGCAUUCACCACCGGGCGAAUUCAACGAGGUUUUUAAUGAUGUGAGAGUCUUGUUGAACAACGACAACCUGUUGAAGGAGGGUGCGUCCGGAGCAUUUGCUCAAUACAACAAGGAUCAGCUCACGCCUGUUAAGAUUGAAGGGAGCGAAUAUCCUGUUCUUAUAACGGAACAUAAUGAUUUAGGCGGACAAAGGUUUUAUGAUGCUCACAGUAAGCAAAGUUUUAAAUAUGACCAUCUUAGAAAGGAAGCACAAGAUUAUGAUUCAUAUGAACCAGAUUCUGUAGCUGAACCUUGGAGGUCAGCUCUUCAAGAUGAAAUAACAACUUACACUCAAAGUCAUUAUAGACAUGGUGCAUGUUCAGUUUUUGGAAAAAGUCAAGGAGGUAACAUUACCUUAACGGCUUGCAUAGAAGAUCAUCAAUUUCAACCUAAAAAUUUUUGGAACGGCCGUUGGCGUUCUGUGUGGACUGUAAGUUUUAGUCCAAGUUCUGGAAAUGCAGAGUUAAGAGGUAGCCUUAAAGUACAAGUUCAUUACUACGAAGAUGGAAAUGUACAACUGGUCAGUAGUAAAGAAGUAAAAGAAAGCAUACCGAUUUCAAAUGAAAAACAAACAGCAAAGGAUUUAAUACGGCUUGUUGAGGAUUCAGAAAAUGACUAUCAAACUGCUAUAUCGGAAAAUUAUCAAACUAUGUCUGAUACAACCUUUAAAGCCUUACGAAGGCAAUUACCUGUUAUGCGAACGAAAAUUGACUGGAACAAAAUUGUAUCGUACAGUAUUGGCAAAGAGCUUAAAAGUCAAUAGAAAUAGAUUUUUUAUAUAAUAUUAAGAGAAAUAAUUAAAAAGCGCAUUUUGCUGCAUGGGUGAAGUCUGGAGGUGUGAUGUGCAUGGGAGCAAAUGUAACAAUGCUAUAUAAAGUUUGGUUAAACGUGUUUUGACUGAAACUCAUGCAUGCCACUCAAGGUUCCUCUGGACCCCUUAAUGUAUCUUGUUAGGAACAAAAAUAAUAAAAAGGAACAUCAUCGUAGCUAUCAAUUCUUUAAAAGAAAAAGAAAUGCAUCAU